AGCAGUUGAGGAAAAAUGGCUAAAGCGCUGUCAAGUAAACAAGAUCUUUUUAUGUGCUCCAUUUGCUUGGAUCUACUGAAGGAUCCAGUGACUCUCAGCUGCGGACACAAUUACUGUUCGGGCUGCAUUAAUGGCUGUUGGGAUCAGGAAGAUCAGAAGGGAGUUUACAGUUGUCCCCAGUGUAGACACACAUUCACUACGAGACCAGUUUUGAAAAGGAAUAAUGUUAUGGCCGAGCUUGUGGAAGAAAUGAGGAAGACUACAAUUCAACCUGAUGCUCCCGCUGACGAUGGAGAUGUGCAGUGUGAUGUUUGCUUCGAGAAAAAACUCAAGGCUGUAAAGUCCUGUCUGGAUUGUCUGAUGUCUUAUUGUGAAACUCACUUUAAAGCUCACAACGAUCUCAACAGAGGGAGAAACCACUCAAUAGUCAACGCCACUGGACAACUACAGGAAAGGAUUUGCCCCCGUCAUAACAAGGUUCUUGAAAUCUAUUGUCUUACUGAUCAAAGUUGUGUCUGCUACUUGUGCACGAUGGACCAACAUAAAGGCCAUGACACCAUCGCAGCUGCAGCAGAGUGCAGUAAUAAAAAGCAAAGCUUUCUCAAGAUCCAGACGAGAUGCCAGCAGACAAUCCAGAAGAGAGAGAAGGAGGUUCAGGAGCUGAGGAGAGCAGUUGAGACUCUGAAGAGCUCAGCACAGUCUGCAGUGGAACACAGUGACCAGAUGUUUGAUGACAUCAUUCGCUCUGUUGAGAGAAGGCGCUCUGAGGUGACAGAGCUGAUCAGAGAUCAGGAGAAGGCUGAGGUGAGUCGAGCUGAAGGACUCCUGAAACGACUGGAGCAGGAGAUCUCUGAGCUGAAGAAGAGAGUUGCUGAGAUGGAGCAGCUUUCACACACACAGGACCCCAUCCAUUUCCUCAAGAAUGUAGGGUCCAUCUCUGAUAUUCCUGACAGUACAAUUCCAACCAGCCUGAUCGUCAACUCCAACCUUUCCUUUGAGCCGGUGAAAACAUCUGUCUCUGCACUGAAGACGCAGCUGGAGGAGAAAUUAGACUCUAUCUUCAAGCAGGAAGUACUCACAGUAUCUGCAGCAGGUUGGACUUGUCAUUGAUUCAGUCUGAUGUUGUUGAAAUCAUCUGUUUAACUUCCCAGAUUUACAUCUCCAUGUC